CGAGCGCGGCGCAAGAUGGAGCCGGCCCGCCCGCGCCGAUCCGCCCGCUGCCGCUGGGCAGCCGACGGGAGCCGGACCGAGGCCCGCACGCCUUUGCCAGCACUUCCCCCACCGGCACUCCAGUGUCCGCACAGACAGCCGUCGGACAACGCAGGUGAGCGGGCUUUCAGGGGACGGGCAUCUCUGUCCUUCGCCUCGUAGGACAUAGUUCUUCCUGUGGGUCCUGCCGCCGGCCCAGGGACAGUGGGUCUACAGGAGGGACCUCUCCGAAGUGCCUGCCAUCCUCAGAAACGAGCUUCUUGGGCUGUCUGGUCUGGGCGUGGUGUGCCCUGGGACACAUGUCUGAGGCAGGGGCAGGAGAGGCCCUGGAAGCCGAGCGAGGGACAGAGGACGACGCUCUGCCUUCUGACGCCGUCUCUCUCAGCGACUCAGACUCCGAUUUCAGCCUGCCUGCCGGUGCUGAGAUGGAAGCCCUGUCCCCAGGGGUGCUGCCUGGGGAGGCCCAGGGGGACUCAGACCCUGAUGAGUCUCCUUUGCCUCCGAGGGGCCUCCCCACGGCCUCAGUGCAGCCGUUCCACCUGAGGGGCACGAGCUCCACCUUCUCCCGGCGUAGCCACAACAUCUUUGACUGCCUGGAGGGUGCAGCCAGGCAGGUUGUGCCCUCUGUGGCCCAGACGGGCCCGGGUGACGACGGGGGCUUCCUUCGGCCACCGGCACCCUCAAGCCAGCCUCCAGGAGAGGGCCCAGGCAGGGCUGGUCAGAGCCCUGCCCCCCCGAAGUUGCCCCCCGUCCCUGACUACGUGGCCCACCCUGAGCGCUGGACCAAGUACAGCCUGGAAAACGUGGCCGAGGUCAGCGAGCAGAGCAACCGGGCCGCUGCUCUGGCCUUCCUGGGCUCCCCGAGCCUGGCUGCCCCCAGUGACUACAUGCCCUCUUUCAACCAGGAUCCCUCCAGCUGUGGGGAGGGAAGAGUCGUCUUCACCAAACCCGCCCGAGCUGGCGAGGCCAGGCCUGAGAGGAAGAGGGCCCUAAGGAAGGCUGGAGAGCCGGGCAGGGCUGCACCUGGGAACCUGGGUGCCGCAGGGGGCGAGGGCCCUGUGGAGCUGGCCCACCUGGCCAGGCCUGGGAGCCCGGAGGCUGAGGAGUGGAGCAGCCCCCUCGGGGGCCUUCAGGAAGUGGGUGUGCUGCAGGCCGCUGCCCACACUGGGUCAGCAGCAAGGCCCCCGGUGGUGGAGACUGUUGGCUUCCAUGGCAGCAGGAAACGGAACAGAGACCAUUUCCGGAACAGGAACAGCAGCCAUGAGGCCCCAGGUGCCGAGAUCUAAGAGAAGAGACUGACCAGGCUGGCGGAGGAGGGCAGCCAGGGCCACUGGGCACUUGGGGUGGCGCGCAGCUCGGGGCCUCAGCCCCUCAGGAAGGGAGCCAGUGGGCUGCCAGUAGGAGGUGCCGGCAGCCUGGGCUGGGGCUCAGGGUAGCGGUCUCUGAAGCAGACUCCUUGCCAGUGGAUGGCAAAAACCCUGCCAACCAUGUGCCCCUGGGGCAACAGUAAAGG